UGCUCGUUGACUCUUUGACAGGAGCAUUAUGGCUGCGCCCUGUGUGCAUGUGUACGCAAAUGUUUACAGUCUAAUCACCUUGUCUGUGUAACUCUGCGACUUUAUGUAAAAAGAUUAUAUUUAUUCUCGUCUGAAAACAGAAGUCGGUUGUAAAAGAUGGCUCUGCGCAUGUGCGAGUCGUUUUUGUGUAGGACUUUGUUUGUGUCUUUGGAAACUGCACCAGUUCGUCUAAGUACAGCUCGACAUGCGUGUGCAGCGAGGAAAGCUGUAUUUUGCUGUAUUCCUACCCGUUUCAUCUCCACCGAUGUUUUUCUGGACAGACUACGGAAAGAAAGUAGGCUCGGGUUAGCAGAGAAUCCAGCAGGCUCCCCGUCUCACGCUGCUGUUCCACAGGACAGAGUUGAGCACUUUUCCCUAAUGCUGAAAGAUCCAGAUCAACCAGAAAAUCCAAAGGUUUUAAAAGUGGCUAUAAUUGGUGCUCCAAAUGCUGGGAAAUCGACACUGACUAACCAGCUCCUGGGCAAAAAGCUGUUUGCAGCUUCUAAAAAAGUGCAUACUACAAGAUCUCGUGCACUCGGAGUGAUCACAGAGGGCGAUACUCAAAUUAUUCUCUUGGAUACGCCUGGUCUCACUACUCCAUCUAAAGCUAAAAGACAUCAGCUGGAAAAGACUUUUCUUGUGGAUCCACUGAAAUCGUUACGACAGGCUGAUCUAGUGGUGGUGUUGGUGGACGUCUCAGACAAGUGGACUCGCAGUAGUUUGGACUUUGAGGUGCUGAAGUGUCUGUCCCUGAAUGCACAUAUUCCUGCUGUCCUUGUCCUCAAUAAGGUGGACCUCCUAAAGAACAAACCCUUGCUGCUGGACAUUACCGCAGAACUGACCGAGGGCAUCGUGAACGGCAAGAAGCUGAACGUGCGCAGAUUAUUCAAACCAAUCCAAAAGGAAACACAGGAGAGGGAAACGGAAAAGACGCCAGUUCUACAGGACGGAGAAGAGCAAAUGUCAAAUCCAGACAGUCAGCUCGUGAGUGGCCUGAGCAGAGAGCAGCUGAGAGCCCUGAAGAGUCGUAAAGGCUGGAAACACUUCAAGGACGUGUUCAUGACGUGUGCUACAGACGGCGAGGACGUGCAAACGCUGAAGAGUUACCUGAUGGUUGAGGCGAAGCCCGGGUCGUGGCACUACCACAGUGCGGUUCUCACAGAUCAGAGCCCAGAGGACAUCUGCACCAACAUCAUCCGAGAGAAACUACUGGAGUAUCUUCCUCAGGAGGUUCCUUACACACUGACUCAGAACAUUGAACUCUGGAGGGAAACAGACGAUGGCAAUUUGGACAUCUCUGUCAAACUGUAUGUGAAGAAGGACAGUCAUAUGAAAAUGGUGAUUGGUCCUGGGGGGCAGCUGAUAGCACGAGUAGCCCAGGAAGCAGGACUGGACCUUACAAAUGCUUUCAUGUGUGAUGUGCGGCUGAAAAUAUCCGCCACUCUGAAGAACUGAAGCUCUGAUGUAUUCUUGUUUUGGUGAAUUUGCCUUGAGAUCUGCAAAAAAAUCCAAUCUUGAACAAAGACGACUAUGGGAGGCUUCAGUUUGUCUCACGGACAACAUGUGAACUGUCUUAUCUCUCACACAGCUCUGUGUGUAACAGUCACAUUGAGACAGAGCCUGCCUUCUGAACUCAAGCUGCCGUUGCAGUGUCCUAGGACUUUAGCCCCGAGUCUAUUUAUUAUUAGUAAGGUCUUUAUUCAGAAUCUCAUUUUAGCAGCGGGAUACAUCAUGAAUAAAUCAGCAUUGUUCCAGAACGGCUGAAAACGUGUCCCGGUCGGAAUUGCUGAUGAGGUUCAAGCAGAGUUGAGACACUUUACGGGGAACUUUUGGCUCUAAUGCUUUCAGUUCCUUAUCCAGACCUGGUUUUGACCCCAGAUUCUAUUUCAGCUGGAGCAGAGGAGUCUUUCAGUCAUCGUGCUUGUUAGUUUGUCCACAUUAUUGAUUGUAAUUGAACUUCUCUAUUUUAAUGUAUAAUAAAACUGUAAUAAGGGA